CAUUGAUUAAUUUAUGUUUAUUAAUAAGUCUUUCCAAAAAGCAUUUUGGUCAACGCUCUUGAAUUAAGGAGAGCUAACUACUUUUGUUCCUUUCUCAGCCUCCACGACCUUUAUAUAUUAAACCUUUUUCGUCCAUGCUGCCAAAUCAAUAAACUCUCUCUUUCUCUCUAUUGUUGAUAAAAAUGGAAGUGAGAGGCCCAGUGAUAUGGAUGUUCUUAAUGUGUUGCAUCUUUGGUAACAUAAUUGUAAGUCAUCACAAUGACUUCGUGGAAGCCAAGAGCUUUUCUAAAUCUGAAGAUUUAGAAAUCGAGAAGAGACUAAAGACUAUCAACAAACCCGCCGUCAAGAUCAUCAAGACUAUAGAUGGAGAAAGAUACGGAUGUGUGGAUUUCUUCAAGCAACCAGCAUUUGAUCAUCCUUCUAUGAAGAAUCAUACAUACCAUUACAAGAUGCGUCCAAUCUGGAAAGGAAUGAGAGAAAGAAAGAGAAACAAUACUGCUUUUGGUUACUUAUGGGAGAAUGGUGUGGGUUGUCCCAUCGGUACGGUCCCUAUAAAAAGAGUCACCAAAGACGAUCUUUUGAGAUUAGACUCAUUUGUUGAUAAUUAUAAACCUCGUGGUUCUUGGAACACUACCACUUAUGAUCCUAAUAGUCCUUUUCAUCCAAACCACCAUCAUUUUGCGGUAGCUCGAACGAAGAACAUAGGAAAGAGGUUCAAUGGAGCAACGACGGCACUUUGUAUAACCGCUCCUAAGGUUAAGCCAACCCAAUUCAGUAAUUCUAGACUUCACAUGCAGAUGGGAAGGGAUUUCGUCCAAGCCGGUUUGACUGUAAAUCCAGUAUUGUACAAGGAUAGGCAACCUCGGACUUUCGUCUUUACAUCUUCAGGUGGGAGAUCAUGUUACAAUAACAACUGCGACUCUGGAAUAAUAGUCAUUCGUCAUGACUUUCCACUUGGUAUGGCGCUGCCACCGUCUAUUCGUGGUGCUAAGACAAGUAACUAUGGAAAGUUCAGUAUAGUCAAGGACACAAAAUAUGGUUGGUGGUAUCAAUAUGGUGUUAAGCCAGUAGAAAUUGGACUUUGGCCGGAGCGUAGGUUUCGACAAAGCUAUGGAGAUUUUGUCGAGUGGGGUGGAGAAGUGUACACCGCAUCACUGCCGAGUCCUCAAAUGGGAUAUGGAUAUUUCCCAAUUCAAGAUAUUAGUUAUGAUGCAUAUAUCGAACAGAUAGCCAUAUUCGACAAUAAUUAUAACAUAGACCGCAAUUUGGACUAUCUUGAAGUUUUUUCUGACAACAAUCGAGGAUAUCGAGUGAUAGACACGCGAGAUCCUAGUGGUGGCGGUCAUGUAAUCUUUUAUGGUGGUCCAGGAAAUAUCUUAAAAUAUUGAAGAUCUUUAUAAUAUAAAUAAAAUUAAAACAUUACAUUGACUUGAUUUUACAAUAAAUAUUGCCUUCAUUAUGUUUCUUUAAAACAAGGUAUCUUAUUUCUCAUGAAAAAGUGUAAUCGAAUGAAAAAAGUGUCUCCAUAAAGUGCAUUCUUAUUUCUCACAAAUGGACGUUUAUAGCAUUUAACUCGCUUCUAACUCGGUUAUAUCUGGGCUAACCAUUUUAUGGUGUAGUACUUUUGUUUAUCCAAAGAAAUGUAUAUCUUUUCUACAUUCUCUAUGAAGCUCCUUCCUCUGUCAAGCUCAGUAAAAGGGUCAUCACUCAGCAAGAGUUACCUGGUACACUGUCACA